AUUGAUGAAAAUAAUUCUCAAGUUGAACCAUGUCAGGCAGACUUGGAAGUACAAGUUCAGUGUGCUCUGUGGCACCAUUUGAUGCAAAUGAUAUCCCAAUUUCAGUGGAAUUGCCUGACGCAGCUAGAUUUCUUCUGGAAUUUUUGAGUGAAAUAUCAGCCAAACCUGAAUUAUAUGAGGGGCCGCUAGUUGAAUGUGCAAUUCAGCGCUAUGAGCGAUACUGGCUACCUCUUGUUGCAAAACACCCCGGCCGUUUACUUCCUGCCCCACUUGACAUUGAAUGGAUAUGGCAGUGUCAUAUGCUAUCACCAACAGCAUACAACACAGACUGUCAAAAUAUUGCAGGAAAGCUUAUAGAUCAUCAUUUGAUGGAAAAAUCUCAACGGAAAGAAUUGCUAAAAGAUUCAGAACGGUUGUGGAGAAAAGAAUAUGCUGAUGUGCCUUUUUCUGCAUGUGAUGCUGUCACACCUUGGUUUGAUUGUGAGUUUGUUUCUGCCUUGACAUAUAAUUUAGCAUUAGCAGUGUCAAGGCAAAAGUCAUUCUACUAUCAGGUGAGUCUUCCUCACUACAGAGAUGAGAAAUUUUUGAACAAUGCUUUGCACCGUUAUAAGAAGUUUCUGUUUUUAAAGUGCCAUAACCCCGGAGUAUUUCUUGUGCCAUGUUAUGAUAAUGAUCUCAUGUGGCACACGCACAUGCUGCACCCUGUGUUUUACAAAGAUGACACAGAAGCUUACAUGGGAAGUUUACUUCCUCAUGAUGACUCAGUCAAUGAUCGGAGUGUUGGAUCAAAGCUGUUACUAGCUGAGGCCAAAACAAGAAAUUUGUGGAGAAAAGUCUUCAGUGAAAAGUUUUCUUAUUUUGGAGCCAUGUAUAGGGGUGAACCACCCAAUUCCAAGUUGCAUGCAAUGAACAAAGAAGAUAUUUAUAGAGUAUGCACAAAGCAGGUGGAUGUUCUUAUUGAAAAAGUUCGCAUAUCAGGGCUUCCACUUGGAAAAUCGUACAAGUUAAAACUUUGUUAUAACACAGGCUACCAAAAUUUUAACAGGUCUUUAUUUGUGACAGAAAAUAUUGCAACUGUGAAAGGUAAUUCUAGAACUUUGGAAGACCAUAGAUUGAAUACUCAUUUUUCUUUUGAUACUCGCUACAACGACAAAAUAAUUGCAAGCCUUCAGCAGAAAUCAGGAAAGCUGUGCCUAGGGACCAAUGAUGUGGUAGGUGAAGGAAAGAUAGACCUGCAAAAGAAAAUACAGCCUCUCAACAGCAAAGGGUUAACAGCCAAUGAUGAAAUUGAUUGUGGUGAUGGAAUGUCCAUUGGGCUGGUAAGCUGAAAUUGACUGUUUUUUAAAAUGUUAAUCGAUAGUAUUUUAAUUAUUGUCUUGGGUGAUCUGCGUAACAGAGCCAAUAUUUUAAAAAUAUUUUUGUAAAAAAUAUAUUUAUCAUUAAUAUGUCUUCACCUUCCUUUCUGCUAAUUUAAACAGACAAGUUAUUUUAAAACAAUUAACAAUAGAUCCAUUUCACUUUAAAUAUUACCCUAAUCUUUUCAUUCUAGUAAACUUUUACCUUGUCUGCACAAUCAUUAAGACAGCACUAAUAUGCUGGAUCAUAUAAAGUCUAAAUUGUCAGCAAAAAAAUCACAUUUCCACAUAGAAAAACCUCCACCUGUUUGGGAAACGGGCCAACCAAUACAAAUAAUAGCAAGCUGACAUAAUAUGGAUUUACUGGGCAAACCUUGAUACAAAACAAGGGUGCAAGUGCAAGGCUAGAAUGAUGUAGGGUACCAGAAAAAAUAAUACCGCUGAAAAACAACCAGAGUAAGAAAAUAAAUAAAACAUACUCUUAUUUACUCUCGAUUACUUUGGUAUUUUAGGUGUAAAUUGAUGUAGAAUUUUAAAAGCCACACAUCUGUUGGUCCAGUUUGUUUUACUAAGCUUACCGAGUGGGCUCAAUAUGCUGUAAUUCUAGAUGCUCAAUCUUUUCUUAAGCUGAAGCUAAGGGUCUUCUUUAAUAAAAAUUGAUCAAAAAUUUCUUUUUUUUAAAUAUUCCAUGUUUAUGAUAAUUGCUUGCAGGUUUGGAGCUGUCCUGCACCUGCGUUAGGUCCGUGUGUACUUAGGCUUGAGCCUGGUGACUACCAAAGUUGUGUGAUGCCAGAGGACAGGGAAUCAAUGUGGGGGCCCAUUCCAUUGCCCCGCCUUCCUCCAGGUGUUGACAACCAUUGUUCAGUUGCAUCACACAAGUAUGUAAACACCUUAGUGCAUCUUUAACUUGAUAAAUGCUGCUCAUGGUUUCUUGUACAUGGUUUGUCCCAUACUAAAUUUCUAAAUCUUGCUUCAGCCUGGAAAUUUGGGUAAAGUUUUUUUUAAAAAGAUGUAGUAUCUCAUAUUCCAUUGUAUAUUUUAAAAAAAGAAAAUUAUUUUAAAAAGCUGUUAGCCAUGACUGUAUUUCAUUUUAAGUAAUGUAAUCUUUAAAAAAUGUGGUUACAACUUAACGUACAUACUGGUUUCUAAAACCGACUCAUUUAAAAAAAUAUAUCAGGGAUAAUGUGAGGUGGUUGGCUUAUGAGUGAGUCAUAUGAGAUUUUUAUAAUAUUUUCCAGGUACAUUGCAAAAUGAAGUUGUUAUUGUAGAUUGCUGAGUUCCUAUACUCUACAAAAUGCCAAUACAUUAUCAGAAGAUUUAAAUAUUAAUAAAACAAACAUAUCGAAAGUAGAUGGUGCCACUAUUUGCCCAACAUAAUGAUAAAUAGAUAAUAAAAGACGAUUACACUGUUUGUAAGGUUGGCCGUAGAGACCGACCGAAUUUCGGCUUCGGUUUCGGCGCCGAAAGUGGCCAUUUUAUCACUUUCGGCCAAGUUUCGGUUUCGGCCGAAACUGAAAAGUUGACUUUCGGUUUAAUUUCGGUUUCGGCCGAGAGAGGAAAGUUAACUUAUUCGGCUUCGGUUUCGGCGCCGAAAGUGGCCAUUUUAUCACUUUCGGCCAAGUUUCGGUUUCGGCCGAAACUGAAAAGUUGACUUUCGGUUUAAUUUCGGUUUCGGCCGAGAGAGGAAAGUUAACUUUCGGUUUUUCUUCGGUUUCGGCCGAAAUUGACUUAGACUUUCGGCCAUCGGCCGAAAGUGACUCAGGUUUUCGGUCAUUUAAUAUUCAGCGAAAGCGAUAUUUAACAACAAACUAAACGACAUUUAAGAACGAAUUAAGCGAUCUUUGAGAAAAAACUAAACGAUAUUUAACAACAAACAUAGCGAUCCUUAAGAACAAUCUAAGCGAUCUUUAGUAACAAACUAAACGAUCUUAAAGAACAAACUAAACGAUUUUUAUGACCGAACUAAAUGAUCUUUAAGAACAAAACAAAUGAUCUUUAAUAGUAAACUAAAUUAUUUAUAAGAAUAAACCAAGCGAUCUUUAGCAGAAAACUAAAUGUUCUUUAGGAACAAACUAAAAGAUCUUUGAGAACAAACUAAUCAAUCUUAAGGAACAAAAUCAAUUAUCUUUACGAACAAACUAAGCGAUCUUUAUGAAAAAAACUAAGCGAUCUUUAACAACAAACUAAGCGAUCUUUAUGAACAAACUAAACGAUAUUUAAGAACAAAUAAUGCGAUCUAUUAACAAAAACUGGACGAUCUUUAACAACAAACUAAGUGAUCUUUAAGAACAAACUAAACGAUCUUUAACAACAAAUUAAGCGAUCUUUAAGAUUAAACUAAGCGAUAUUUUAGAACAAUCUAGUGAUCUUUAUGAACAAACUCGCCGAUCUUUAAGAACAAACUAACCGACCAAUAACAACCAAAUAAACGAUCUUUAAAAACAAAUUAAGCAAUCCUUUACAACCACAAUUUUUAGAGACCCGGUUUAAAAAAAAAAUAUUUUGCAUCAAUUCCCCCCCCCCCUCAAUUUUUGCCAAAUUUUUUCCUACCAUACUAAUUUUAAAAAGUUGUAAAGCAAUUUAAAUUACUUUUAUAUUAAAAUUAAAAUGGUAAAAUCCAAAGUAUUCAUUAGAUCAAAGGUCUCAAACUCAAAUCAUCGAGGGGGGGGGGGGGGAGGAGGUAGUGUCUGAAUGAGAGUGGGCCGCAUCAAGUAAUCCACAAAAAAGCGAUUACAACUGUUAAAAUCUGCUCAACUUUUAUAAAUAACAAUGAAAUCAUUAAGGGUUCUCAAAAACUAGGAUUCACUUUCAUCCACCUACUCACUGUUGCAUACAAAAAUACAUAGCAACACUACCAAAAAAAUCAGAAUUAGACUAGUCGGUGAGAUUCGACUGAAACCGUCGCGGAGAGUCACGUUAUAGAUAUGAGAAUGGGGGAAACGGGCCGGCGCAUUUACACUAAACUUUUCUGUCAUGAAGCGGGCCGCAAAAUAUCGUCUUGAGGGUCACAAAAGGCUCGCGGGCCGCGAAUUUGAGACCCCUAUAUAUCGAUAUGUAGGAAAAGAAGUCACAGGAAAAAAAGUCCGGGGGCCCGGAAUCGUUUUUUUUUUCUUAUAUGAGCUUUAUAAAUAAAAUUAACCACAAAUACUCCUGCAUAAAUAGGUGGAUCUUGACCAAACUUAGUGACGGGAUCAAAUAGGGAUCCUGCGGCAAACGGGAUCCCAUCGGAGAAAAGGAUCCUUCCGGGAAGCGGGAUCCUAGUGGGAUCGGGAUCCCAUUUGGAAAAGGGUACAAUUUGGAAAGUGGCACCCUACUUGGAAAUGGGAUCCCAUUUGGAUCUCAAUUAGUUCGGAUCCCACAGGGGUCGGAGUCCCAUUUGGAUAUGAGAUGCCAUUUAGAAUAAGGAUGCCAAUGGGGUCAGGAUCCCAUUUAGAAACGGGAUCCUUUCAGGAUCAGAAUGGGAUCGGGAUAACAAUGGGGUCGAGAUCCCAAUGGGUUGGGAUCCUAAUGACAUCCUUUUUGAGAAAGUGAUCCCAAUCGGGAUCGGGAUCCAAUUGGGGCUGGGAUCCCUAGGGUCGGAAUCACAAUGGGGUCAGGAUCCCAAUUGGAUUAUUUGAGGGAAAGGGAUCUCAAUCAAAAUUGGUAUCCCAAUGGGGUCGGGAUCCUUGUGGGGUAGGGAUCCCGAUAAGAUAUGGGAUCCCAAAAGGUUACGGGAUCCCACAACUCUUGUCAGAAUUUAUUUAUGAUAUCUGAUGGCUGAAUGCUUCUGUGACUUUUUUCCUGUGACUUUUUUUUCCUGUGACUUUUUUUUCCUGUGACUUUUUUUCCUGUGACUUUAUUUCCUGUGACUUUAUUUCCUGUGACUUUUUUUCCUGUGACUUUAUUUCCUGUGACUUUAUUUCCUGUGACUUUAUUUCCUUGACUUUAUUUCCUGUGACUUUAUUUCCUGUGACUUUUUUUCCUAGCAAAAAUUGUGACUUUUUUCCGUUACAUUUUUUCCUGUGACUUUUUUUCCGCUCACCUAAUAUUCACGAUUAUCUCAUUUUUUUAUAAAAAGAAUGUAAAUAUUUAUACUUUCCCACAUCAUUUUCGAUGUAUGCAGAAUGUAUGCGGGAACGAAUUUCAAAAUAUCUUAAUAUUUCAUUUUCGGCUUCGGUUUCGGCCGAAAUUCAUUUUUAAAUUUCGGCUUUUUUUCGGUUUCGGCCGAAAGUCAUUUUUAAACUUUCGGCCUUUUUUCGGUUUCGGACGAAAUCAGAAAAUCACUUUCGGUCGGUCUCUAGUUGGCCGUCUUAUCUCAUCCGAGAUAUUCUUUGGCACCAUAUUUUGUACACUCUAAUAAUUUAUACAAACUUUACUCAUCUGUACUAGCUUUUGUUAUACGCGUUUCAAAAUAUUAGCAUUCUGCGCUUGUUUGGUGGUUAUCAAAAUUAGGUUGAAAACUGUGAUCAGCUUUACUUACGUCUCGUCUACUUUACAGGCUGUUAAACCACACCAGAAGAGUGGUUUAUACGGUGCGAAUGAUUCACAGUGAGCCGCUUCUUAUGUCAGCCAUACAUGUGUUCUAUGGAGAUAAACUCACGGCAGUGGCUCAUUUGGUUGUGGGGGAUCAGCUACCCUUGCCAUCCUCGGUAAAUUCAACUUUUAAAUCUGUCAAACAGUUGUUGGUUUUUUUAAAAUAUUAUUGCUAGUUAGGAAUUCUAUUUUUUUAAAUUUUGUUUUCAUAUUUGAGGGCCCAUGAUCAAGUUAUUGAUCAUUUUGGCUUAGCUCCUGGUUUGAAUUCAGAGUUAGCUUUCUCUUAGAUUAGUUGCCUUCCAAGGCAAAUGACUCCCAUCAUCGGGGAGGGGUGGGGGGUAGCUUGACUGGGGUUUAGCUGGAAUUGAACUCAAAACCACCCACUUGAGAUUUACUCAGUUAAGCCCAUUCGUCCACCCAUUUGUUUCAUUGUCUUAGUUUUUUAUGAAAGCAUCAAAAGACUGUUGAGUUUUUUAAAAUAUAAAUGUUGUCUUUACUUUCUUUAAAAUCCAUUGGAUCAAUGGAAUUUGUAUCCUUUGAUAUUUUAUUUAAAGGUGUUAAGUCGGUCAGAAAUAAAAUUGUGAACAUGUGUGGCAUUAAUUUGUAAGAGCUUCACUUACUGUGUUUCCAGGUUAUAGAAUCUAAAAAGUGUGUGACCUUGAACCCCAAAGAAGGUCAGAGGGCAGUUCUUAUUAAAAGUAGCAAAGGAGAUUGGGGUGUGGCUGUUGGAUGGUGGGAAGGUUUCCAGAGACGAUUGACCAGUAGAAAAGGUUGGACUUGAUAUUUUUAUUAGAUUUUAAGAAUUAAAUGCUAUACACAUAUAUAUAUAUAUAUACAUUUUUAUCUGUUCAUUAAAAUUAUUAUUCCAAACAGCAACUGUCAUCUAUAUUAGAGCUUUUCAUUUUGACCAUCUCACAAAUAAAAAAGUUAAGAACCACUUGUGUACAUUGAUGCACCUGGAUCAACUCAAACUUCAUGAAUUUUUAAAAAGAAUUAACAGUGUAAAAUUUAUCUUUUCUUCCAUCUUACCUUUAGGUUCUGGCAGCGAGGGCCACCUAGAGGUUAGAUUCUACCACCUGAGCACCAGGAAGUGGCAUUAUGUUUCAUUUGACCGUCUGUACUCAUUGGCUACCUCCAAGUUUGAAAUUGGGGACUGUGUUGUGGAGUUUGAUAGCGGUUUUAUUGAGAUAAGCUCUGAGAAGUGUGAGAUAGCAGAAAACCUGGGACUCAUCUUUAGUGUUGCCUUGAUCCAUGUGUUGUGCCAGCCUCGCCCGUCCAACUGGGCCCCCCAGUUGUCAUCCUCAAGAAGUGAGGAGCAAGCUUUGCCCAGAUUGGGAGGAUCAGAAGAAAUCGCCCUGUUACUUGCAGCAGGAGUGUUGAUAGCAACUCCUUGUAAUCAUGCAAUAAAA